CCUGUCCUAAUAAGUGUUGCAAUCGGUUAGUAUUUCAGAUGCAAAUCACUCCACUUUCGAAUCACAGGCACGCUAUUGUGUGUGUUCCAGUUCCUAACUCCUGAUUCCACGAGUCGAUUUGGAAGUGUGUGUGCGUGCUCGUUUCCUAGGAGCUUUGCAUUCCAAACAGAGGAUAAAGAAAGGUGUGCGGUGAGCUCCAUGAGUUGCACGGUUUCUCAGCUUUACUUAUUUGGUAUUUGUUCGGUAUAAAUUAUGCUGUUUUAGUGCAAUACGAUGACAAGCCUUGCAGCAUCAAAUAGGAUAUCGAUCAGCAGAGGCUGCAGGAGGCGAGUGAGGAGGAAGUCGGGUAAGACCGGCCCGAGCCCCCAGCAGUACAGUCUGUAUACGAGAUUCCAGGAUACCGGGGAGUUGUUUAAAGUACCCCACUGUCGCGGCCAGACGCUUAUAGGGGAGCUCAAAGACUCCCUGGAGCUGGUGGCCGGCAUCCCCUCCAAUUUGCAAAGGCUUUCCUACCUGGACGAAGGCGACCUGCCGAACAGCUCCACGGUGUGUUUCAAUGACAUCGUCCCGGGAGCGGUGAUUACACUGCGGGUGUGGCACUAUGACGGCUGGAUGAGGCUGGUGAAGGCGGCGGUGGAGGGAGAUGUUGAAAAGCUGAAGGCUGCGGGAGUGACAGCAGCGGACUGUUCGUAUUCCACUCCUAACUCGUUACAAAUGAACGCGGUGCAGAGAGCUGUGUGGGUCUCUCAGAGGGCGUCCUGCGCUCUGUACAUCAGCGCACACAGAGGACACCACGGAGCAGUGUGCUUCCUCCUGCAGAACGGUGCCGACGUGAGAUUCAAGACUCCUCUGGGCCUGACUGCUCUCCACGUUGCAGCAGCCUGGGGUCGCAGCCAGUGCAUCGACGAGCUCCUCAAGCACGGGGCCGAUAUCUUCAGUGAGGACCGGCAGGGGGCGACGGCGAUGGACUAUGCUGCCCGGCAUGGCCAGAAGACCAGCAUACGACAGCUGCACAUGUUCAAGUGGAAGCUGAGAUCAUCCGCAGGAAGAACCAAGAGCCUUCCAGACCCGGAAGAGUGCUCUGAGAACCAGAAGAACCAGAAGAGCCCGGAAGAGCGCUCUGAGAACCAGAAGAGCCCGGAAGAGUGCUCUGAGAACCAGAAGAACCAGAAGAGCUCGGAAGAGCGCUCUGAGAACCAGAAGAACCAGAAGAGCCCGGAAGAGCGCUCUGAGAACCAGAAGAACCAGAAGAGCCCGGAAGAGCGCUUUGAGAACCAGAAGAGCCCGGAAGAGCGCUCUGAGAAUCAGAAGAGCCCGGAAGAGUGCUCUGAGAACCAGAAGAACCAGAAGAGCUCGGAAGAGCGCUCUGAGAACCAGAAGAACCAGAAGAGCCCGGAAGAGCGCUCUGAGAACCAGAAGAACCAGAAGAGCCCGGAAGAUCGCUUUGAGAACCAGAAGAGCCCGGAAGAGCGCUCUGAGAAUCAGAAGAGCCCGGAAGAGCGCUCUGAGAACCAGAAGAACCAGAAGAGCCCGGAAGAGCGCUCUGAGAACCAGAAGAACCAGAAGAGCCUGUGCACCUUUCCAAAGAAGCGCUUCGGCAUUCUGAAAAGCAUCCCCGCUUGAAACACAAGUCAAUACAACUCACAAAUUACAGGCAAAUCAAUGACAUGCACGUGGCAGGAUCCCGCUACACACAACAGCACCUCUGCUGGGACAGCUGUUGCGUGGUCAUUCUGAGCCAGCUGUUGCAUGGUUAUUAGGCUGAAUUGAAAUACAAUGCUAACAAUUGGGGGGGGGUAUUCAGAGCCGUGUGUAUUAAGCAUGCUUGUGCAUCGAUUCAUGCAUGUCCAGUCUGCAUAUUCAAUGCCAGGCCUGUCUCAGUCUGUGGUGAGCACACAGCGUAGUGACCCAGUGUGGGGGGAGGGCACAGACUGUGUUGUUGGAGACUCACCUGGACUUUUCAUUAACAUGACAGGGCUCUUCUGCAUUAUUUCAAUACAGGGCUGUAGGAUUUAUAAUGCAUGAUGUCUCUGAAUGUCCCCUAAUUGUUUCCAGCCGUGUAUUUUAAUUUCUUUCAUUUUUUUAUAUCUGUAUUCCACUGACUGGUUUAUCUUUUUGCUGUGUUUUUUUUACAGAAAGUAUUAAUAAUACACAUUUUAAACCCCCAGGGAUACAACAGUCAAUGGGGGAAAAUGGAAGAAAAAAACACUUAUGUCAUUUAUGUCUAAAUAAAUAAAUACCAGCAAUACGCAAUGGCUCCUUCUUUUUAUGUUUCCAUUCUGGCAGUGUGUCGCACUGAAAACUUAUCCCGAUUCUUUGAUCUGUAUUUCUGUUCACAUUUUCUGCGAUUUUGUUUGAUAUCUAUGUUUAAAAUAUUUGAUUAAAUACAUUAGACCUGAGUGUUGCGUUUCUUUUGUG